AUGAAGGUCUCUCUGGCUGCCCUCGCCAUUCUCAUUGCUGCCUUCUGCUACCAGACCUCCGCCGCACCACUCGGCUCUGACCCACCGACCUCCUGCUGCUUCACCUACACCUCCCGCCAGCUGCCCCGCAGCUUCGUGGUGGAGUACUACGAGACCAACAGCCAAUGCUCCUACCCGGCCGUCGUGUUUGUCACAAAGAAAGGCCGUGAAGUCUGCGCCAACCCUGAGCAGGACUGGGUCCAGCAGUACGUGAAUGAGCUGGAGCUCAACUGA